AUAAAUGGUUAACCGGAAAAGGAAAACCCAAGGAUUAAUGUGUGUAUCCAGCAUCUUGGGCGCACUGGGCAUCCUUAAACAAAGCUCCCCUCAUAAGAUUCGCUUAAUCAUGGAGGUAUAUAGCAUUUUAUGACGGAGGACCGAUUGUUUUUGUUUUUUUUGCUGAGGGGGGGCUGUUAUUGCAGACUGGGAGUGCAGGGUCUGGCCACCCACCCUCUGUGGAAGUGGGACAACGGAGCAGAUGGCGCAUCCAAGCCGAGCUGCGGGGCUUUGUCUUGCACCAAAUACAAGGUGCCAUCAUUAAAACAACCAGUUUGCUUUAUUUCUACGAGAGUUCAUUUAUUUUUUACCCGAUAAUUAUGUCGGAGUGACGGGGCAACUGCAGAACAGAAAUACGUCCAUAUACCGCCUGAUCUGAGCCCACCGUCCCUUUCUUAAUCCUCUCUAUAAUUGAACACAAUGGUGGAUAACCGCUACGCCACCGCUCUGGUCAUAGCCUGCGUGCUGAGCGUCCUGGCCACGGUGUACCUGUCUGUGGCCAUCGGCACGCAGCACUGGUACCAGUACAGCAGCCCCACGGUGCGUGGAGAGGCCAACGUGUCGGAGCUGCGCUCCCUGUACGAAGAGUUCAUGAGUGGGGAGUUCGACGAGAAGACCUACAGUGACACGCUGUUCCGCCUCAACGGGACCGUGGGCCUGUGGUGGCGGUGCGUGCUGGUCCCACCCAACGCGCAUUGGAUCAAGGAGCCAGAUGCCAAGAUGGUGCUGGAGUGUCGAAACUUCACUUUGCUGGAGCAGUUCACCCCCAAAUACAAAGAGCCGGGGAACCACAACAGCGGAGAGGACAUGCUCCGCACCUAUUUGUGGAGGUGCCAGUUUCUGCUGCCACUGACGUCUCUCGGUCUGGUUGUGUUAGCGGGCCUCAUUGGGUUCUGCGCCUGCCUGUGCAGGACCCUCACACCUACACUGGGUUUAGGAGUUCUUCACCUGUUGGCUGGUCUGUGCACCCUGGCAACAGUGUGCUGCUACCUGGCUGGGAUGGACCUGCUCCACAGGGUGUCGAUGCUCCCUGACAAGGUGGAUGGCUCCCUGGGUUGGUCCCUUUACCUGGCUCUCAUCUCCUCGCCCCUGCACAUGAUGGCUGCCGCACUGCUGGUGUGGGCGGCACGCAGCCACAGCCAGAACUACUACCGCAUGACUGCAUACCGUGUGGCGUGAUGAGAGAUUGUGCUUCAGAUCUCAGAUUUUAAAUACCACAACUCCGGCACCAGAAUAUACAUUUCAUACUAAUAUUUAAGGAUAUGUUUUGUUUUUUUUAUCCCAUCCUAGAUUCAAUAUCAAGUAAAAACCCUAACGUAUGCUGCAUUUUUUAUUUAUUUUUUUCUAGAGCUGCUAAUAUAAAAAAACAAACAAAUUUAAGUCAUCAAAUUGGAACUCUGAAAAAGAGUCAGUUAAUCAAAAACCUGUUAGACCCAAGUGCACCUCCUACUCUUAUGUGAGACUAAGUUUAAGGUGUAGUUUCUUGCAGCAGACUGAAGAAAACGCCCCUCAGAAGAAUGGGAGAAAAAUAAUUAACGUUCUGACCUGAAUCACAUUGAAGCUCUCAAGUAUGCAUUUUAAGCCUGUCAUGUGAGGCGUCAAACAUCUACAUACCAGCGCACUAACCUAAGUUUUUCUUUUGUCUUUUUUUUUAGCAGCUUGUUUUUGUUGGAUAUUUAUGAAACCAGUAAGCUUUCAGCGUUUACUUGGUUUCACUCUACCUAUUGCAUGUUCUACUGCGAUGUUUCCAAUCAACUCACUCUAAUUAAUAAUAAAGUAUAUAUUAAAAUCAUAUCAAAAGGUCAGAUUACAAUAUGGUGAAGUCAGGUUCAGUGUAUAGCGCCAAAGUUUUCCUAAGAAAUCCCAACUGUUUAUAAUGAUAUUGUUGCUGAAAUCUCCCCUCCUGCGCAAGAGAAUAAAUGCGUAGAAGCAUCACUACUGCUGUGGAAAGGAACGGGUAGCCAUACUCCCUUGCCUGUACAAUAGUAAAGUCAAUGUGUGCUUUAAAAUAACAGGAAAAAUGAUUUCCAUGCACUAAUUCUGUUGCGGUACAGUGUUUUUAUUAGCGUUCACGUGGCUUCGUUCCAGUAAUUUAGACACUUAAAGUAUUAUUUAGAGCUGCUGCUACCUCCUUUGUGUUAUUUUUAUGUUUUUUUUUCAGAGCAGGGCAUGCUUUUGAAAUCCAUCUGAUAACAAGCUGACAAUGUCGUUUGGUUAGUUUUCAGAACCUGCUAAGGGGCGUAAACGUUACUCAGUAGACAUACUGUAAAUACCAGAGGGGGAAAAUAACAUUCAGAAAAUUUAUUUUAUUUUAUUUCAAUUUCAAGCAGCGGUCCCCUUUGUCAUGAAAGUUAUGAUUUGUGUAUUUUAUUUAUUGUGUUUAUUUAUUCUGUUUCCUGGUUUAAGGAUAAUACAACAUAAAACAAAUGGAAAAAAGAAUUCAGCGUAUACAUUUGAAAUUACUGUAGAGACACUCUACAGAGAUACUGUAGAGGUGAUUAAACACCACUUAUCAGGUUGUUCCUUGAAAACGUUCUGUUCUAAUCCUGACUACUGUAGAUAUGUGAUCCCUCCUCUUUUAUUUAAAAGCAGGCUGGCUUGGGAUGGAUGGGACUUUUUGGGUAAAGUUCACAUUUUUUUUAGAAUUUAUAUUUAGGAACGCAAUCCCUAUAUCUUAAUCUUAGCCUGUGUUAUUGAUAAAAAUCUAGUUUUGAUGCAUCUUAAAAAGGCAUUACAUUUUUCUAAUGAUACUGCCACCUUUGGUCAAAACGUAUAACUGCAGCUAUCUUCUAGUCAUUGUAGCCGGUGCUCGGACUUAAGGCUUUUUUUUUUUUUGCUUUCACCUAAUGUGGAGUUGCCAUUGGUGUCUGAGUUGAGCUGGUUGCCAAUCAUUUCUAAAAACUUGACCUCACAUCUGGGCAGUGCAGGUACUUUACAUUUAGGAAAAUAGGCCACAUAAUAGAUCAAUCUGCGCUGAACUACUGAGGUGUCAGUUUCAUCAUCAAACUAUGUUUUACUCCUGAAGGAGUGAAUAAAAAAGCUUUGGUGAAGAUAUUUUUCAGUAAAAACUAACAAAAUAUCUGUUACACGAUCAUUGUUGUGUGGAAAAUACCCCAAAAUGUUAAGUUCCAAAAUGUAGUUGUUUGUUUGUAAGAAAUUGGAUUUAGCAUUGUUCAAAAAAAUUGUCACAGCAUGAUGCAGCUUCUACCAUGCUUGACAAUUGGUUCCAGCAUGAAACAAAGUCAGAUUAUAAUUGUAGAGGCAUUGAGAUCUUGGUCUCUGACCAUACAAAAAAAAUGAUAAGAAAAAUUAUUUUCUUCCUUUUCAGAGGAGCGGUUUUGCUAGAUUGUUGAAAACUAGAGACAAUAAGUUGGGUAAUGCAGAAUCUAAAACAA